UACUGAGUGCUAAACUGGCUGAAAUUAAUUUAGCAUGUAUCCGGCCAAAAUGGAACAUCACAGAGAUCAGGACAACAGAUCUGAAGCAAGGAGACCUAUUGCUGGAGAGACCCACACAUUACCUCUACCGAGGAGAGCUCCACCGCAGUCCUGUGGCCAUCAAAGUGUUCAAGGAUAAGAAUGUGCAGAGUGAAGCAUUCAUUCGGAGGACAUUUCUGUCUGAGAGCGAAACGAUGAAGAAAUUUGAGUGUUUGAAUAUUUUACGACUCUAUGGUAUCUGUAUCAACAAUUCAGGCCCAGAAACUAUCUACUCUCUU